AAUGCUAGUGAGGAUAGCAAACUGCGCAGAACGAUGAACAAUUGAUGUGAUAGGAAGUUGCAACAGGCUACAGCACGACAGAGUUAUAUUUCAACGGAGCCAUUUCAACCGGUUUCUACUUUUUAGAAGGUCUGUGGAAGCACCAUCAAAACGCCGGGAUGUUUAAUCCGCAUCACCACCACCACCAACAGCAGCAGCAGCAGCAGCAAUUUCACCAACAUCUGCGGCAGCUUCAGCAACUAUUUCAGCAACAGCCUCCACCUCCACCGCCGCCCCCACCGCCGCCACCACAGCCCCCACCGUCCCAUCACAUCUCGCAUCACCAUCAAAGUGGCCGGCCCAUGGCAGUGGCGGGGCCGCCCCCUCCUCCUUCCCGCAUGGUCAACCUCUGCUCUGCUACUCAGGCUACCAUUCUAGCUCCCAACCCCAUGCUACAAGGGGCACUACUGAUGCAGCAGAUGCAAGCAGGUAACAUGCGUGGCUUUGCAAUGGGGGGACAGCAGUUCCAACAGUUCUUUCAAGCGGGGUCACGGUCCUCCCUACUGGGGCCCGUUCCUAUGGGCGUGGCCAUCAAGAGCCCACACAUGGGCUACGCCCCACGCCAUUACAACCCACACGCUCGCUACAUGAACAACGACUACACCUCUCGGCACCAUGAAAGGAAGCGGGAGUAUGAACAUCGACCAGCAAGUACCUCAGAGGGACAACCAGGAGCAAGUGGCAGCAGAGACGAGGCAGCGGUGCCAGUGGCAGACGGACCCAGUGAGGCUUCAGCACAGCAGGUGGAUGAGCCGCUUCAGAAGAAGCCCCGCACCGAAGGGUCAGAGGGGGCUGCAGAUACAGACCAGACUAUGGGAGAAGACUAUGAGAGCCCAGCUGGAGACUCCAAUCCCACAGACUGCGAAAAACUGGGGCAGGGCACGGCCGGACCAGAUGCUGACGUGGCCCUGGAGCAGAGCGGAGCUGCAGAGCCUCUACUGAAGACAGGCGAGCAGGAGAACGGUGAGAGCCAGGCUCUGGCAGCUGACCCAGAGGAGGUGGCCGAGGCUAAGGGCAUCAGGAACCAGGAGGAGGGCAAAGAAGGGAGCGCAGGAGGGGAGGCCGCCAACAAGUUCUACUGUUACAUCUGCAACAUCACCUGCCAUAACCAGCAGAACUUCCAGGGCCACAUGAACGGGCUGACCCAUCAGCAGCGUAUGAUGGAGAUCCAGCACAUGAGUAACGCCUGCCUGGUCACCCUGCUGCCCAAGGUGCAGGAGUCACUUCAGGGCAGCCGCAGGGACGGAGAGAAGAGGCCCGGUCUGCAGCGCUGGUGUGCCACCUGCCAGACCCACUUCACCAGUAACGUGAUGGAGCACAGACGCACAAAGGAACACAAGCUCUGCUGCCGUGCGAGUAGUCCCUGCUGCACUGUUUGCAGGCUGCACUUCAGGACGUCCCGUGAGUUUGUGGAACACAUGCAGACCCCAGAGCACCAACAGAGGGUACAGGAGGUACACGAGGGCCAGGGAGAGGGUCUGGAGGAUAUGAACACUUUGGAUGACAAGGGAUGUUUUAUGGGAGAGGAGGAGGAGAAGGAUGAUGACGUGGAAGACGAAUCUAACGGACAGGGGGUGCCAGAGGUCACCCUGGAGGAUAUGGCAGAUGAUGAAGAGUUUGACCCAGACACGAUCUAUGGUUCAAGCUUUUUGGUUCCGGCAGCAGGGUUCCUCUGCAGACUCUGCAGCAGGUUCUACCAGUUUGAGUCGGCGGCACGGCAUUUGCACUCCAAGUCCCUUGAGCACUUUGAGAACCUCAAGAAGUACAGAGCCUUGCGUAAGCAGGAGGACCAGGCUGAGGCCACCUCAGUGGCGGAGGCAAACCUUGAUGGCAGCAGCCCAGAGGAGACCCAGCCCAUUGAUGAAGGCCAGGGAGGCAGCCCAGAGGAGACCCAGCCCAUUGAUGAAGGCCAGGGAGGCAGCCCAGAGGAGACCCAGCCCAUUGAUGAAGGCCAGGGAGGCAGCCCAGAGGAGACCCAGCCCAUUGAUGAAGGCCAGGGAGGCAGCCCAGAGGAGACCCAGCCCAUUGAUGAAGGCCAGGGAGGCAGCCCAGAGGAGACCCAGCCCAUUGAUGAAGGCCAGGGAGGCAGCCCAGAGGAGACCCAGCCCAUUGAUGAAGGCCAGGGAGGCAGCCCAGAGGAGACCCAGCCCAUUGAUGAAGGCCAGGGAGGCAGCCCAAUGGAGACCCAUCCCAGCGAUGAAGGCCAGGAGGGCAACACCGCUGACACUCCAACACCAGAACCUCACUCAGAGAUAGACCAGUCGCUCCAGGAGGAGGGCGUCAAUCAGGUCACCCCUACAACCACCAGCAGCAGCGCUCCGCUGUCCUCCACCCAGCCACCAGAGGCACAGGACCAGGGAGAAGCGGGGGGAACAGGGGAAAACACCACAGAGGCAACCCCUGAGCUCCAGAACCAUCCGGAAGUAGUAGGAAAAGAGGUUGAGGAAGAGGAGGCCGAGGAGGAAGAGGUGGCCGCAGUCGUUGUGGCCCCUACGCCCAGCAAGGGACGUGGGCGGGGGGCGGGAAAAAAGAGGUCUGGUAGGGCGCCACGGAAACGCUGAGGAGAGCGACAGCGACGUAUGGAGGGAGAAAGAGAGGGUUGGAGAGAGAGAGAGAGAGAGAGAGAGGGUUUGCCUAAUGGUGGUACAACUGCUACCAGUUACAGGAAGAAAGCCCUUUUCGCAGGUUUAACCCUUUCAUGCAUACUUGUUUGUUUUGUUUUUUUCGUUUUUUUUUAAAAGAACAAAAAGUAACAUUUUUAAAUAGCGCUGAUAUGUGCGCUACCUGCUUUCCAUAGUUGUAGACAUAUUGCAAAAAUGUUACAGGUGCAGGCAUACAACUCUUUCUAGUCUACUUGUGCAUUUUAAUCACGUGCAUCCCUUGUCUGCACAUAUGUGCACACACUCCCAUACAGCUGAGUACAGCCAGUGACUAGAAUAAUGAGCUACAGAUUAUUCCGGCAUUUAUUUCUGUAUGAAAUAAAUGAAUUAAAGGUCAGUGUAGUUGUCAUGAAGGGAAAACGGUUAUUCACAGUUAUUCCGUUGAACUUGAAAUGGAUGUCAGUAUUUUAUGAUGUGUUUAUACGUGGGCAGUUUCUGCCCAUUUUUGCCAUAUGUGGCUGAGGCAUUUGAUGCCCUAAAUGAUCCGAUUCAGGUCACUUGCUUGUGACAUGAUGUCCCCGUGCACAUGGGGAAAAUGGAAUGAGUGCAGAGGUGGUGUGCAGGUUUAACUCCGACAGUGACCUUCAUGCAUGAAAGGGUUAAAACAGAAGCCGAGGUGCCGUCAUUGAGACACUUUUUUUUUUUUUUUUUUUUUCCCAGAUUAGACAGCCGAAACGUUUAGCAGCUCGGAGUGUAGCAGUGCAGGACUUGCUCCCAGUUAAUAGCAGCAGCUUUCCCUUAAAAAAAAAAUAAAAAUCAAAGAAUUAAAAAAAGCAUAAAAAAAAGAGGAAAAAUUAAAACGUAGUGGUACUCUACUUUGGAAAACAGGUGGCUUGAUGUGUUAUGACAGGCAGUGUUGCUGGUCCAAGAUUAUCAUAUGACGAUGACGACAACGACGACGAUGAUGGCGGUGGUGUGACAACUGUCAAUGGCAGAUGGCUACUCCUCCGACUCUAACCUGGAGAGGAGGUGCUAAAGUGCGGUCCUGCUGCUCAUCCCCCUUAGCUGGGAGAUGAACACUUCUCUCAGGGUGGCCUGUCAGUUUCUAACCCCUGCUGACUGGGUGGUAGCUUGGUAAUUGGCGGGGGCCACAUGAUUCAGAGGUGAACUCAACACUGCUGCUUGCUUACUACGCCACCUGCUGGAGUAGAGUAGAGACACACCCUGGCAAAACUUCUCCAGUGCGAUAUCUACUGUCUGAUGUGGAGGACACCGUGUGUGUGAUGGGGCUUCGACCGUUCAUCUCCCAAGUCAAGAGGAGGAGGAUGUUUAUUUUUUUUCUUGUUUUAAUCUUACCACAGGCACAGUUGGGCAAACCGGGGAGCGUUUGGUCGGACCAGCAGUCACCUCCACAGAGUUUGGGGGGGUUUAAGAAAUACAUCUUCAUUACAGAAAUAGUGGCCUGCUCACUGUUUUCUAUUGAAUGAAUUAUACGCUACUGCUUAAGCAACCUCGAUGGGUCAAUCUAGAAGGCUGUGCCUGUUGUUUUUCCUUGAAUUUAUUUUAUUUUAUUUUGUAAUCGGAUUUGUUUUCCAUUGUAGUUGGAAAGAAUUGUGGCUCAGGUAGAAUUAGUGUCAUCUCUAAGAUGUUAGAACACUGGCAGUGCUUUUUAAGAUUCCGCUUUGCGAAGCAGCUGUGGCCUAUAGGACCUGGGUUUCUACCCAGUUCAUUCUGUGUUUUUAUUUGUUUUAUUUGUUUUUGGCUCAUUUCCUCCCUGUUGGCACGAAGGCAUUUUCAGUGACCACUACUGUCAGUUUUUGGUAGUGAAUGACAUUGUAUGUAGUCUUUGUGAUCUUGUUAGUAUUUCUGCUGCAUCUUCCGGAGUCUCCUGUCUUUGACAUCAUGACUUUCUGUGUUCCCUCUCACCCAUAACUCAGUGGGCCCUUUUUGUGUUGGGAGCCUAUUUAUUUGUUGUUGCACUGCUCCGUGAUGUCACUGAAAAUCUUUUUUUUUUUUUUUUACUAAGAAAGGCAAUUAUUUGUCUCAGUCUAAUCUUAUGUUAAAGAGUUGUUCCAUUUGGCACGUGUUAUGUAAAAACUUCUAGCUUGUCCCAUCGUCUAGUACUGCUGUCUAGGACCCUAGUCCUAGACAGCAGUUUUGACUGCCAGGGUAGGUAAUUCCAAGUACGUGGUGCAGUGACAAACCUGGGUAAGUUAACUCUUGAGUAUACUUGGAGUAAACUUACCCGGGUUUGUCACUGCACCAUGUACUUGGAAUACCCCCCAGGUCGUCAGUAGUAGCCAUCUAUUGGGUCACACACACUCAACACCAAUACUGAGGAUCCACCCUCACUGCAGGGGUCCAGCACUGACAUCUUUAACAUUGCCAGACACUCUUAACGACGUAAACCAAGUCAGAGAUAGGGUGCUUUUCCACUGAUAAGUGUCAAGUUAACCCCAGUGUUUUUUGUGUGCAUGGGAGUAGUAAGAGCAGUGUUGGUGGAUGCGGCUCAUUUCUCUUGGCCAGAGGUUCUCUGUCCUGGAUCCUCCCACCAAUCCCCCGCUUAUUUUCCAUUUUUCCCUGACCUAAUACCCAAGUAGCAUUCUUCAUUUGGUGUACACAUAACGGAUUUAGCCAGUCGAGAGCAUUUUAAUGACGCCAAUAAAAGAAGGGUGGUGGGUGUACCCAACAUAGAUAAAACAUUUUCAGUGCUGGGGGGUGCAAACUGAAAACUCCUAGUUUCCUACAGUUGGCCAACUCUCCAGCAGGGCCAGUGUCUGAAGGAACACUGCUAUCUGCAUGGAAGCUGACUAAGCGGCUCCUUGUAGCAUUUUAAGGGGGAAAAAGACUCAAAUUACCAGCAGCUUUUGACACACAAGAGCACCAGACCUGUACAGCUAAUGCACUCCUGCUCUUCUACCAGAUUUUUUUUAUUGCCUUCGUGGGACAGAAGACCUCAAUCUGUCCCAAAACUGAGGCGGCCUUUUUCGAUAUUAGUCUCUAUCUCGCGCUCUCUCUUUCCUGAGGUAGUCAGGAGUUUUACAUCGGAGUUUUCAAGUAGAAUAAAUUGCGUUUGCGCUCCUUGUUAGGUUUGCAGUCAUAGCAAAGUCUAUUUUUCCACUGAGGCGUACCAGUGACUAGUCCUAGACAAUAUUUAGGCAAACAUGGUAGUGUGCUCAUGCAGGUUAAGGGAUUGACCAAGGCAAGCUAAAAUCACCUUCAUGAAGUGUACGGCUUGGGUCGUAUCUACUAGACUUCACAGGACCAGACUUGAGGUAAACCAUUUAAUUCUGAACAUAAGAGGGGGGACGGUUGUAUGUUUUUAUAACAUAUUUUUAUUCUUCAAAUGACAAACAGAAAUGAAGAAAAGUGUUGGUUUUUUUAGCAGCUGGAAGUGUCAUGUAUUUUUGGAUGUUUUCUGUAUUUUGGGUCCUUUUAAUUUAUAUUAAAAUAUGAUGAUUAAGGUUUCAA